AUGGUUACAUCCAAGCGGCCCGACGCCACGCGUGUAAUAACAGGAGGGAAGGAACUGAAGGAUGCGGACGCCCGUCACUCUCGCCCACCAUUCGCCGUCCUCUCCGGCGCUUCCGGCAAGCCAACUCUCCGUGCCAUCGACGUUUCCUGGGGGCUUUCAGCUUAUUUUCACGCUCGCUCGCGUCUCCAUCGAGCCAGUCCGACAAAACGAGGCUCCGUUCACCUUGGCGCUCCCCCGCCAAAGAGCCCAAGCCGAAAGCGCAUCCUCAUCAACCCGGGCAACCACGUCAAGUUGCAGGAAGGAACGCUGGGGUUUUUUAUCGCCAGCGACGCGAAAGAAGUCAAGAGAGCUUUUUUCUACUGCAAAGCUUGUCACGACGACAUCACCGACGCCAAGCGGAUCAAGAAGUGCGGCUGCAAACGACCCAAAUAUAAGUAUAACGGAUAUGUCAGAUCACCAGCAGAUGGCGCUACAACACCAGGGAACAGUGGAAGCCAAAAAGAGACUGGCGUUCGAUUCAAAGCUGAUUGCAGUUUAGUCGAAGACGAGCAUCCGUCCACGCUCUCGCCCAAAAAAAAGCAGCGCAACGGAGGGAUGCGGAACUCGCCCAACUGCUCGCCCAAAAUGAUGAGUAGACACGACCCCCUUCUAAUACCUGGUAACGAACAAAUUGAAAACAUGGACAUGAAUGUGAAGAGGUAUGACUCUACCGGAAUGUUUCACUGGUGCCCGUCAAAAGACAUCGAAAAGGUUAUCCUGACCCGGAGCGAGGCCUCCAUGACGGUCCUGAGCGGCCAUGUGGUGGUCUGUAUAUUUGGGGAUGUCACGUCCGCUUUAGUGGGGCUGCGAAACCUGGUGAUGCCUUUAAGAGCUAGCAACUUUCACUUUCACGAACUCAAGCCCAUCGUUUUUGUGGGCUCGCUGGACUAUCUGCGGCGGGAGUGGGAGACGCUACAUAACUUCCCCAAGGUCUCCAUCCUGCCUGGUACGCCAUUAAGUCGGGCAGAUUUAAGGGCUGUCAACAUCAACCUCUGCGACAUGUGCGUAAUACUGUCAGCCAAUCAGAACAAUAUCGAAGAUGCUUCACUGCAGGAUAAGGAAUGCAUCUUGGCAUCGCUCAACAUCAAGUCUAUGCAGUUUGAUGACAGCAUCGGGGUCUUGCAGGCAAAUUCCCAAGGUUUCACGCCUCCCGGAAUGGACAGGUCAUCCCCAGACAGCAGCCCAGUACAUGGCUUUGUGCGUCAGGCUUCCGUCACCACCGGAUCCAACAUCCCCAUCAUCACGGAAUUAGACAAACCGGCCAAACCUCUGCCGUCGGUUGCACUCAGUCAGGAAAAAAAAAGUGGGAUCAACAUACAAAUGAUAACAGAGUUGGUGAACGACUCCAACGUUCAAUUCUUGGACCAAGACGACGACGACGACCCCGACACGGAGCUGUACCUCACGCAGCCCUUCGCCUGUGGCACCGCCUUCGCCGUCAGCGUCCUGGACUCUCUGAUGAGCGCCACGUACUUCAACGACAACAUCCUCACGCUGAUCCGGACGCUGGUCACAGGAGGAGCCACGCCGGAGCUGGAGGCUCUGCUCGCCGAGGAGAACGCCCUCCGAGGAGGCUACAGUACGCCGCAGACGCUGGCCAACAGAGACAGGUGUCGCGUGGCCCAGCUGGCCCUCUACGACGGGCCCUUCGCCGACUUGGGGGAUGGCGGCUGCUACGGGGAUUUGUUCUGUAAAGCACUGAAGACGUACAACAUGCUGUGCUUUGGCAUCUACAGAUUGAGAGAUGCUCAUCUAAGCGGGACAAGCCCUUGCACAAAACGAUACGUGAUCACCAACCCGCCGUACGAGUUCGAGCUGGUGCCCACGGACUUGAUCUUCUGCCUCAUGCAGUUCGACCACAACGCGGGCCAGUCUCGGACCAGCUUGUCCCACUCGUCCCACUCCUCUCAUUCCUCCAGCAAAAAGAGCUCCUCCGUCCACUCCGUCCCGCCUUCCAACCGGCAGAACCGCAGCAGUAAAACCCGGGAAGCCAGAGAAAAACAGAAUGCAACAAGGAUGAAUAGAAUGGGUCCAGAAAAGAAAUGGUUUACAGAUGAAGCGGACAACGCCUACCCACGGAACAUUCAGAUCAAGCCCAUGAGCACUCACAUGGUCAACCAAGUCAACCAAUACAAAUCCACCAGUAGUCUGAUUCCACCAAUCAGAGAAGUCGAAGAUGAAUGCUGAACCCUUUUGAACUGCUCUUGUUUUCACGGGCACCGUUGGAGGAGCGUUGAGGAAUCGAAGAACUGACAGGUCGGGACCUCCUAUGUGUAUAUCUUUAAUGUUACUUCCAUGCUCUUUGGACAUUGUUUUAUUUAUUGAUGUAUCCAUAGAGAUGUACAUAAUGACAAUCAAACACGCAUUGUACAGACCCUCCUCCCCCUCCUUAGCACUUUUUGGAAUUAUUAUUAAUUUAGGAUUGGAGAGCGACGAGGAUGAAAAGAAGAAAAAGAACAACCAAGGAAGGAGAAGAAAGCCAGUACUUCCUGUAACUCUUUGCAAUAGUUUGUUUGUGACCCGACUCCACUGAGGCUCUAAAGAGGAUGAGGGUUGCAUCGUCAGGACCCAAAGAUCCAAGCGGACUCUUCCAAGCAGCUGGGCUCAUUUCGUUUCUCCAUCCUGUGUACUUCUGUUCUAUUUGCACUAAA